AUGAUCCGCACUUUCGCUGUCGCCGCCGUCCUCGCCGCCCUGGCAUUGUCCUGGUCAGCAUCCGGCUCACCUGCCGNUUCGCUCUCCAAGAGAUUUGGUCUCGAGCCUGAGCUCAACUGCUGGCUCGAGACCAAACUGGUCUCGAACGAUCCNGAAGUGCCCAAAACGGCAUACUACAAUAUGAUCUUCCACCGUGAUGCUACUUCGCAGCGCUAUACCUCAAUGGAUCUUGUCGGCUUCCAAGUCAACGAUCCUGCCCCCUUCAAGGCCGUCACACAGCAAAAUCUCCAAUCUGGCCGUGUGUUGACUACCUUUGUUGCCAAUGCGACCAAGACAGACAUGCCGCCCAAGUGGUGCUACUGGUUCCUUGACAUCGGACUUUACUACACGCCAGGCAAAGACGACCUUUCCUACCGACUUUUCAACGGUAUUGCUUGGUCACAGUACGGUCCUGGCAACGGUAUCCCGUGGGCGGACAGCAACCCUUAUGGCAUGACUUGUGAUAAUGGCGCCGUCGUGCCAAUUCAUCAAGGAUAG